AUGUUCCAUGUGCUCGCCGUCUCAGGAAUACUCUAUCUUCUCUGGACCUGCCUGUCAAUCAUUCGGACGCUAUAUCUUCACCCACUCCGGAAUUUGCCUGGUCCUCAUCUAUGGAUCGCCUUUCCCAUCCUUCGCUAUAUCUCUCUAGUCAGAGGACGGCUGGAUAUGGACAUGCGAGCCUUCCACAAUAAAUACGGGGAAGCCGUCCGGUUUGGACCCGACGAAGUCUCCUUCAUCACAGCUCAGGCGUGGAAGGACAUAUACGCCCAUGGCCAUGGCGACCGGCAAUUCCUGAAAGUCCUCCACUCAACAAGUAACCCGUCCGACAUCAUCAGCGCCAACAAUGCUGACCACAGCCGCUUCCGCCGUGCACUGUCCCACGCCUUCUCCGCCAAGGGCCUGCAGGCUCAAGAGCCGAUCCUCCGCAGCUACGUAGAUAAGCUGAUCCAGCGACUGGAGGAGAUCGCUGCGUCUCCCAACCCAGUAGCUAAUAUGGUCAAGUGGUACAAUCUGACUACAUUCGACCUGAUCGGAGACCUCGCCUUCGGAGAACCCUUCGGAGGCCUGGACUCGUCCGAGUACCACUACUGGGUGGCGAAUAUCUUCCAGGCAGUCCGAGGAAUAGCCUAUGUAAAGAUGCGCGAUGCCUACCCUCUACUUUCCCGUGCCUUAUCGCUCUUCCUUGCCCCGAAGUCUCUCCUGGAGGCCCGCAAAAGACAGAUUGAAUACAGCAAGUUCACCGUCCAGAAGCGCCUUCAAAGCACCCUCCAUCGUGGCCCCGCCGACUUCAUGGACAGCAUGUUACGCCACAGCGGCGACAAAGAAAAGGAGCUCACGGACAAAGAGAUGGAAGCUAAUGCCAAUAUCCUAAUCAUUGCGGGCAGCGAAACGACCGCCACACUACUGUCGGGUGUCACUUACUGGCUGCUGCGGACUCCCGACGCCUUGCACAAAGCUACACACGAAGUCCGCUCCUCCAUACCCUCCGACUCAGACAUCACUUUCCAGACUACCUCUCAGCUGCCAUACAUGCUCGCCUGCCUCAACGAGGCCUUGCGUGUCUACCCACCUGCACCUGGGGGACUCGAACGCAUAACAAUUCCCCCAAGUCCGGCUGAUAUCUCGGGAUACAUGAUCCCGCAUGGAACAAAAGUAUCCAUCCACCAAUCCGCUGCAUACUGCUCCCCUCUCAAUUUCCAUCGCCCCGAAGAAUUCCUCCCUGAGCGUUGGCUACCGUCCGCCGGGGAAGAUGCCUCGUCGCCCUUCUGCAACGACAAUCGAGAUGUGCUGCAGCCAUUCUCGAUCGGCCCGCGCAAUUGCAUCGGACGGAACUUGGCGAACGCCGAGAUGCGGAUGAUUCUGGCGCGUGUGCUAUGGAACUUUGAUCUGGAACUUUGCGCGGAGAGCAGUGAUUGGAAAGAGCAGCGGUCUUUUCUUCUGUGGGAGAAAGGGCCAUUGAUGUGUGUUCUUAAGAAGAGGAAAGGGACUGUGAGCGAUUAG